UCCCCUCUGGCGUUUGUGUCCUGCAGGAGGCGCUCGCGCAGCGCCUUGGCGCCCGUAGCUAGCGUGAGGCGCCUUCGCCUGGCGUUUGGUUGAAGGCAGCGGUUUCACUGCUGCUAAUGCGCAUGCUCUGCUCUCCUGGGUGCGCAAAGGCUGCUGGUCUGCCAGCUCGGCCGGUCAUGGCGGCGCCGCUGGAGCACGAGAACCAGGUUUUCCUGGAUCUCUUCCACCAAGACGGGCUGGUGAUCUGCGCCCGCGGCCUGGGCAUCGACCGCCUCCUGCUGCGCUUCCUCCGCCUCUACUGCGAGCCGGCCAGCCUGGUGCUGGUGCUCAGCACCAGCCCGGCCGAGGAGGAGUAUUUUAUUGAUCAGCUGAGGUCAGAUGGAGUUGUCCAUCUUCCUCGGCGUGUUACCAAUGAAAUUACAAGCAACUGUAGAUACGAAGUUUACACACAAGGUGGUGUCCUCUUCGCAACAAGUCGAAUUCUUGUGGUGGAUUUCUUGACAGAUAGAAUUCCUUCAAAUCUUAUAACUGGUAUUUUGGUAUACAAAGCACACAGAAUCAUUGAAUCUUGUCAGGAAGCAUUUAUCUUGCGACUCUUUCGCCAGAAGAACAAGAAAGGGUUCAUCAAAGCUUUUACAGACAAUGCCGUUGCCUUUAAUACUGGCUUUUGUCAUGUGGAAAGAGUGAUGAGAAAUCUCUUUGUACGGAAACUUUAUCUGUGGCCAAGGUUUCAUAUAGCAGUGAAUUCAUUUUUAGAGAAACACAAACCUGAAGUGGUGGAAAUUCAUGUAUCCAUGACCCCUGCCAUGCUGACUAUCCAGACCUCUAUACUGGACAUCCUGAAUGUGUGUCUGAGAGAACUCAAACGCUGUAACCCAGCUCUUGAAGUAGAAGACUUAUCAUUAGAAAAUGCUAUUGGAAAACCUUUUGACAAGACAAUUCGUCACUAUUUAGAUCCUCUUUGGCACCAGCUUGGAGUUAAGACCAAAUCUUUGGUUCAGGAUUUGAAAAUAUUACGUACUUUGCUACAGUAUCUAACUCAGUAUGAUUGUGUCACCUUUCUUAACCUUGUGGAGUCAUUGAGAGCAACUGAAAAAGCAUUUGGUCAGAAUUCAGGAUGGCUAUUUCUUGACUCUAGUACUUCAAUGUUUGUAAAUGCUCGAGCGAGAGUUUAUCGUAUUUCAGAUGACAAAAUAAGUAAGAAAAGCAAAGUAUCUGAAAAAAUGGAUAUAAAAGAGGGAAAAGAACUGAAAAGGGAAUUGGUCUUAGAAAGCAACCCAAAGUGGGAGGCCUUAAGAGAAGUAUUGAAAGAGAUUGAAUCUGAGAACAAGAACAGUGAGGAUCUUGGCGGGCCAGGGCAAGUGCUUAUUUGUGCCAGUGAUGACCGAACUUGUGCACAACUGAGAGAGUAUAUUAUCGCUGGAGCAGAGGCACUUUUAAUGAGGCUCUAUAACAAAACUUUUGGGAAGGAUGAAAGAGCUGGAGAAGCAUGGAUUAAGGAUAGAAAAGCUGUCAAGUCCAAAGGAAAUGCCAGAUCGGCCAAAGGACCUCAAACCAAAAAAGCCAAAGUAAAGGUCUCCUCAAAACAAAACAAAAUCAUGAAGAAACAAGACUUGACUCUAACCCAAAUGAUGGGAAAAACAGAGGAGGAAAACAUAGGAGAGGAGAUGGAGGGCUAUAAGGAAUUAAGCAGCAGUGAAGAAAUCAGUAUAGAGGAAACCAAACCUGAAGAUUUCCAUCUAAACUUAGCAUCAGAUGCUUAUUAUGGUAUCUUCAAAACCCCACUAACUAUUAUUCAUCCUUUGCAGGGUUGUAGUGACUCCUAUGCUCUCACUCGGGUAUUGCAUGAAGUGGAACCAAGAUAUGUAGUGCUAUAUGAUGCAGAAUUAACUUUUGUUCGGCAGCUGGAAAUCUACAAGGCAAGCAGGCCUGGGAAUCCCUUGAGGGUUUAUUUCCUUAUAUAUGGAGGUUCAACAGAAGAACAGCGUUAUCUAACUGUGCUGAGAAAAGAAAAAGAAGCUUUUGAAAAACUCAUUCGAGAGAAGGCGAGCAUGGUUAUCCCUGAGGAAAGAGAAGGCAGAGAUGAAACAAACUUGGAUCUACUAAGAGAUUCUACUUCUGCAACUCUUUCUACUGACACACGCAAAGCAGGUGGACAGGAACAGAAGAGCAUUCAACAAACUAUAAUAGUGGAUAUGCGAGAAUUUCGCAGUGAGCUUCCAUCUCUGAUUCAUCGUCGUGGCAUUGACAUUGAACCUGUUACUUUGGAAGUUGGAGAUUACAUUCUCACCCCUGAUAUCUGCAUCGAGCGGAAGAGUAUCAGUGAUUUGAUCGGUUCCUUAAAUAAUGGGAGGCUUUAUUCCCAAUGCAUUUCUAUGUCUCGUUAUUAUAAGCGACCAAUUCUUCUGAUUGAAUUCGACCCUAGCAAAUCUUUCUCCCUCACUUCACGAGGCUCUCUACAUCAAGAGAUUUCCAGUAACGAUAUUACUUCUAAACUCACCCUUCUUACUCUUCAUUUCCCAAGGUUACGUAUCCUGUGGUGUCCGUCUCCCCAUGCCACUGCUGAGUUGUUUGAGGAGUUAAAACAGAACAGGCCACAGCCUGAUGCAGCAAUAGCAAUGGCCAUUACAGCAGAUUCUGAAAUUGUUCCUGAGUCAGACAAGUAUAACCCUGGACCACAGGAUUUCUUAUUAAAAAUACCAGGUGUAAAUGCCAAAAAUUGCCGUAUCUUAAUGAACCACAUUAAGAGCAUUUCAGAACUGGUAACUCUAUCACAGGACAAACUCUCAGAAAUUCUGGGCAAUGCUGUCAAUGCUAAGCAGCUUUAUGACUUCAUUCACAUAUCCUAUGCAGAGGCCAUUUCUCAAGGGAAAACCAAAAGAUGAUUAAUUAGGCCAUACAGAUGUCCCUUAAAUAGCACUUUGGUAAAGUUUAUUAGAUAUUAAUUUUCUCUUGGUAUAGACAGUUGUGUCCUGUUAAUGCCAUUCCACCAUAUUUCAACAUUCCCGAGGUCUUUAUUGCUGAAAACAAGUUUUAUGUACAAAAGACAAGUUGUCUUUAAACAGCAUUAAUUAGCACAUCAUCUUAUUCUUCCUAGUGUGUUUGCCAACUCUGGAGUAGUUCAGCUUUAAAUGAAGUGUGUCCUAGGACCUACCAAAAUCAGGUGCUAAAGGAUGAAGAAGUAUUUCUUAAAAUAAGAGAAACUGGCUAUAGACAUGUACACAAUCUUAUAUAAGUGAAGAUGUGUUACAUUUCAGAUUGAUGGAAUAUGGGUGCCAUUUUGCAUAAUAUGUUGCUUUUGCCCUUGAUAUGCAUAAACUACCCUUUCUGUCAACAUGAUAUGAAUUCCCUAAAUUGCAGCUCUUCCAUUGACAGUGGGGCAGCUGUUAAAAUGCUCAUAAUUCUGUGCCUCUGUUUAAAGAAAAAUACUGUGGAUGACUCAUUAACUUGACAAUCCUCCUUCCUAUCAGAAGUUUGUUUUGGUAAGAAAUAUGACUGCAUAAAAUUGGCACCCUCUUGGGUUUGUUGGUCUUUCUGUGGUAUGAACGGAUUUUUUUUUAGCAUAUAAAAUUAUUGUUCAAAAGUGAAGUUUUCUUAAAAAGUGAACAGUUUUUAAAACCUGCCAUUGAUUAAAUGUCUUAAUACUUUGCACUUAAGUGGCUUGAAUGGAUAGAUUCAAGAUUCAUAGAUUCAGUGCUGCUGCUACUUUUCACCUGAGAGCUGACCUUUUAGCAUUUUUAGGUAGUACAUAAUAGGAGUAGAAAUCUAAUUUCUCUGCAGUAAUUUCUGUGUCACUUGUUAUAAAAGAGGUACUUUCUGUGCAGAACUUUGAAAUGAUAGUUGCAUAUCAGAGCCUGCUUUUGCCCCUGGGGAUAAAUGCACUUCCAGUCACUAAGCACUAAUGAAUUAACAUUUGACAUUUACAAAAUCUUGACUAUAUACCAGUUAAGAGUAAUACAUAUUUUAGCAAUUCACUGAUUUGAAACCUGUAUGUACUACAGUACAGAAAAAUGUAUACAUUUGCUGUAUGUGGGUUUGACAUUUUUGGCCUCAUGAUUUUUACUGUGCACUGUCUUUUAGGGUUUACUGUACAUACAUAAGUAUUUAAAUUACCUGUGAAUUUGUCAUUAAAUGCUUCAUUCAGAGACUCAUCUAAGUGUACUAUUUAUUGCAGGCCUUCAAAUGGAAAAUUUUAUUCUGCAAAAAACAAAUUCAAAUUAAAUAUGUUUUGGUUCUAGGUGAAAUAGACCAAAAACGAAAGCUUUGCAGUUACAGCUGUAAUGCUGUGCUUCUGUCACCCCAUUUGACUAGUUAUUACAGGGGUCUGCAGGAUUUUUGAAAGUGUGGAAUGUGAUCCUCUGUUUCCUUGCUUUUCUCAGUUUUUUAGAAUCCUAACAGUCUAACUCUUUAUCCCUUUGUAUAAAAAAAAUAUUGCUUCAUGGCUAAAUGUAAAGCUCUUAAGCCAGGAAUCAUAAGUAGGUGCUGUUAAGUAUUAUAAAUCACACAAAUGAUUAUAAGAAGAGAAGAAAAAUUGUCUAUUAAUCUUCUUACAAUGAUUAUGGUUGUCAUGAACAUUUAUCCUGCAGACUCCUUCAGAAAAGUAAACAGUGGAACAAAACCAGGAUGCACAUCUGUAUGUUGUGUGUUUGGAUCACUAAGGAGUACAGGAACUGUCAUUUUAGUUGUACUGCCUGUCAGCUGGAUCAGCUUCCUCAUACGUUUCUCAGAAUUGCAUGUGGUGAAAGUGAAGGGCAUGAAAAUGUGACUUUGACAGUGAUGCAAUAAAGGUGGUAUAAGUAAAGCAGGUGUAAUAUUUGCUAAAUAUUUAAGUUGCUUUUUGUUUCUAUAGAGUAAAUUUAUACUGGACUUCUGUGUUUUUUAAGGAAAAAUAGCAUUUAGUAUUGCUACAGCAUUAUUAUUUGUAACAUAAUUAUGCCCAAAGACCCCUUUCAGGACCCAGUUGUGUUAAGGUCUAGACAUAUCCUUAAGACAUGUUUCCUGCCCUGAAGAUCUUAUUCUGUAAUUUCCCCACAAAUUAAUUAAAUGUGUUCAUUUAAAGGAA